AAGCAGCAUAACGGUCAAGGGGUUUAUUGUGAUACAGUCCAUCAUGGCAUGGGAGUCAAGGUACAGGAGCUUGAAGCAGCUGGUCACAUGACAUCCACAGUCACGAAACACAGAGCAAGUCCAUGACCAACAUGGUGAGGAGGAGCAAGGCAGUAAGCAGGUAGGCAUGGGGCUGGAGCAGCAGCGAAAGCUCACCACAAACCACAACCACGAGAGAACUACCUGGACUGGUGUGACUUUUGAAACCUCAAAGCCCAGUGACACCCCUUCCAAUAAGGCCACACCUCCUAAUCCUUACCAGUUCCACCAGCUGGAGACCAGGCAUUCAAAUUUAGGAGACUAUGGGGGCCAUUCUCAUGCAAACCACCAUUCACCUUUAGUGAGGUAAGAUACUUUUCUGUCUCAGAAUAGCAGCCCUCUUUGAAAUGCUUCCAGAACCACAGCCAGGCAGCUUUGUAAGCCUGCCUGACGCUCUCAGUUACUCAGAGAAUUAUACCCUUUUCUUUUUGUCUGUCUGUUUUUCUAAGCGUGCUUUUCCUAACACUUUGAACUUCCUCACUUUGGCUCUAACGCCCCACGACCCCACUUUUUGCCCUGUGGCUGCUUCCUGUGAUGUGGCUGCCUGCUGGUCAAACUUCCAUGCCUAACUCAAAGGGCCAUGGCUCUCUGUCUUCUCCAUCUCCUUCCUCUGGGAAACUUCAGAUAUUUAAGGUUUGACUACUCUGCGGUUUUUCUUUUAAACUCUAAUAAAAUUGUUUGUGAGCUUCAAAAAGAAAAAGGAACUUUAAGGGAAGUGCUGCUCCUCCUCACAAACCCUGGACCUGCAGGACCAGAGCAGACCUCAAGAGGAUGCAGGGUCAAGGGAACUGCCAGAACACAGGCUGCAGAGACAAAUGGCUCCCACUCAGCGCUCCCACACAUGACGCUGGAGUCUGCAGGAACAGGAGGAAUCCGAGAAGGCCAUCUCCUGACUCAGCGCAGAUGAGUCAUCUCAUGAAGAGGUGGGACAUGAUACUGCUCACUACUCAAUACACGAGUGAAUAGACGGUUCAGCGGAACGUGACUGCAGCUGCCCGGCACAAUGCGAACCCCGAUUCACAGGAUGUAGGGUAGAACAUUUUGCGGGAGAUCGGAGCCCGGCCUCCGCAAUCUCCACAUCAGCGCUUGAAUUGGCGUCUCCAAAUCCAGUCUCCUUGGCCGGAAGUUCGUAUGGGAGGGACAGUGAUCCAUUGUAGGUGUGCCAAGUGUUUCUGCUAUCCUACCAAGCGAAGAAUCAAAAGAAGACCCCGAAACUUAACCAUCUUGAGUCUCCCAGAAGAUGUACUCUUUCAUAUCCUGAAAUGGCUUUCUGUUGGGGACAUCCUUGCUGUCCGAGCUGUACACUCCCACCUGAAGUACCUGGUGGACAACCAUGCCAGUGUGUGGGCAUCUGCCAGCUUCCAAGAGCUGUGGCCUUCUCCGAAGAACCUGAAGCUCUUUGAAAGGGCUGCUGAAAAGGGAAAUUUUGAAGCUGCUGUGAAGUUGGGAAUCGCCUACCUCUAUAAUGAAGGCUUGUCUGUGUCAGAUGAGGCCUGUGCUGAAGUGAACGGCCUGAAGGCCUCUCGCUUCUUCAGUAUGGCUGAGAAAUUGAAUAUGGGUUCUGAGCCCUUCAUCUGGCUCUUCAUCCGCCCACCAUGGUCAGCAUCUGGAAGUUGCUGCAAGGCCGUGGUCCACGACAGCCUCAGGGCAGAGUGCCAAUUACAAAGAACUCAUAAAGCUUCCAUACUACACUGCUUGGGAAGAGUGCUAAAUCUUUUUGAGGACGAAGAGAAAAGGAAGCAGGCUCACACCCUUUUUGAAGAGUCUGCUCAUCAGGGAUGCUUGGCCAGCUCAUACCUCCUUUGGGAAAGUGAGAGAAAGAUGGAUAUGUCUGAUCCUGGACGAUACCUCCACAACUUCCGGAAACUCAGGGACUAUGCUGCCAAAGGCUGCUGGGAAGCACAGCUGGCUCUGGCCAAAGCCUGCGCAGGUGGAAGCCAGCUUGGACUGGAGUGGAAAGCCUGUAGUGAAACGGUCUGCCAGCUCUUCCAGGCCUCCCAGGCUGUCAACAAGCAGCGAGUCUUCUCUGUGCAGAAGGGACUCAGCGACACGAUGAGAUACAUUCUAAUCGACUGGUUGGUAGAAGUUGCCACAAUGAAGGACUUCACAAGCCUGUGUCUCCACCUGACAGUGGAGUGUGUAGACCGGUACUUGCGGAGGAGGCUGGUACCCCGCUACAAGCUCCAGCUUCUGGGCAUUGCCUGCAUGGUCAUCUGUACCCGGUUCAUCAGCAAAGAGAUUCUGACCAUUCGAGAGGCUGUGUGGCUCACAGACAACACAUACAAGUAUGAGGACUUGGUACGAAUGAUGGGAGAGAUCAUCUCUGCCCUGGAAGGGAAGAUUCGAGUCCCUACCGUGGUUGAUUAUAAAGAGGUCCUGCUGACACUGGUCCCAGUUGCAACCAGAACCCAACACCUGUGCAGCUUUCUCUGUGAGCUCUCCCUGCUGCACACCAGCCUGUCAAUCUACACCCCAGCCCGCCUGGCCUCUGCAGCCCUGCUCCUGGCCAGACUGAUGCAUGGGCAGAUACAGCCCUGGACCUCUCAUCUGUGGGACCUCACUGGGUUCUCUUACAACGACCUCACACCCUGCGUCUUGAGCCUUUAUAAAAAAUGUUUCCAUGAUGAUGCACCCAAGGACUACAGACAGGUCUCUCUGACUGCUGUCAAGCAGCGCUUUGAGGAUAAGUGCUAUGAAGAAAUCAGCCGGGAAGUGGUACUGAGCUAUGCAGAGUUGUGCACUGCACUCGGAGUGAGACAAGAGAGCCCAGAGCCCCCAUCUUUCCCUAGCACAGGGGAGAUCCACACCUUCCUCACCUCGCCCUCUGGGAGGAGAAGCAAACGGAAGCGGGAGAACAGCCUUCAGGAGGACAGGGACAGCUUUGUCACCACGCCCACCGCAGAGCUGUCUAGCCAGGAGGAGACACUGCUGGGCAGCCUUCUGGACUGGAGCCUGGACUGCUGCUCUGGCUAUGAAGGAGACCAGGAGAGUGAAGGAGAGAAGGAGGGUGAUGUCACAGCUCCCAGUGGACUCCUUGAUGUCACUGUGGUCUUCCUGAAACCAGAACAGCACUGCUGCCAGGAAUCCAGUGACGAGGAGGCCUGGCCAGAGGACAAGGGCCACCAAACGCCAGGCACCCAGGCACCUCCAGCCCCAGCUCUCAGGCCUCUUCUCCGCAACAGGGGAGAGCUGGGCAAGGACAUCACAACCUCUGGGUACUCUUCCGUCUGCAAUGCGAGUCCCAUAAGUUCCCUGGAUGGUGGCAUGGGGGGCUCUCCCCGAUCUACCUCAGUGCUGUCUGUGGGCAGCUACUCCCACACAGAGCCUUGCCACCACCAGGCCAAGAAGUCAUGUUUACAGUGUCGUACCCCAAGUCCCCCAGAGAGUGGGGUUCACCAUCAACGGGUAAAGCGCCAAAACCUAUCAGUGCACGGUGACGAGGACACGAACUUAGGGUUCCUGAAGCUCUGAACAUGUUAGUGUUUGCCAUGGUGAAUGUUUACUGGGGAGGGCUGCUGUAUCUCUAGGACACUGAAGGCAGGUGCUGUGUGGACCCCAGAAGGGGAGUUCAGUGCGAGCCAUCAGAAUACCAGACAGUGAAAGCUCAGCCUCUUCUCGACAACAGCCUCACAGCCGUCAGGCCACACCUGUGGAACCCAUCUCUCUGCCCUCUGUGUCCUGCUGUCUCUGGGAGCAUGGGCCUCUGUGUUGGCGUUCACAAUCCCAGGCCAGGAGCUGACGGCUUCCUUGGAAUGCUAGUGGCCCAGGGAGCCUAACACAGUUCAAAGCCCCGCUGCAUGUCUUAUUUUAGGCCAGUGGGGAGCUGCCAUCUGAACACAUCACUGCCCGCUUCAGCCUGUGUCCCUGCAUAUCAGUGUUGACAACAGCCUAAUGGUCAGGUGUGAGGACCUUGAAGCUGGGGCUAAAGGUUCCUCCCUUUGGCACUUGGAGCUCAGUUUCAAAAUCUGUCCUGUCAGAGUGGUUCGUCUGUGCCCCAUUGUAUCCAUGUGACCAUCUGUCUGCACUGAAUUUCUAGGCCAUUCUUCCCUCAUCUUUAUUUCUAGGUUUCUUCUAAAAAAAAAAAAAAAAAAAGGAACCAUUUGAAAUAGAGGCUAUCAAAUAAAAAGAUAACAGAUUCCCAAUAUUGCUGAGCUUUAGCUGAAAAGAGAAAAUCUAGUUGUGCAUGGUGACUCAUCAUGGCAAUCUCAGCAGCCAGAAGUGUGUGGUAAGAGGACCAGAAGCUCCAGGUCAGGCUGGGCUGGGUCAUAGGACCUUAGAAAAAGGAACCUGGUCCCAGCCUCUGGUUCUAGCCUUGUGUUCUUUCCUUAUGAAAAAUGAAUCUUUCUAGAGGAUAGCCAUAAGCAAUCACUUGUAAUAUCCAAGUUAACAAAGACGCUGGAUUCCACGGGAAGAAUGCAGAUCACUGGACUUGCUAGGUUUAUGGCCAGAUUCCACAUGAAGAAAGCAGAUCGCCGGAUUCGCUCGUUUAUGGCCAGAUUCCAUGUGAAGAAAAUAGGUCACCGGUCCUUUUGUGCUGGUCAGAAACUUCAAGAAUGUCUGCUUCCCGUGUAAGGCAGCUGGCCUCGACACCUGGGGAUCCUGCUGAAGGCCGAGUAGAUAGGCUGACCCUGCGUGUAUACUUCUGUUUCCUCUUGAAAAAAGUAUCAGAGGUGCCCCCCAAAUACCCUUGAGCCAAAAGUACAGGUGGAGAAGGGGUGAGCUCAGUGUUCAUCUUCUGUGCUGUGCGAAGUGGCAGCUCGUUUUGAUACUCUUAGCAGAAUUCUAACCACUCUGGCUGGGGCAUAUUGGUAGAAGAAGAACCCAAGCCUUUGGAUUGUAGUCCUACACCAUUGUGUUCGCCCAUGUGUGAGCCUGUUUCCUUGGCUGUAAGGGGACAGUGAUACCUAUCUCACAGGAAUGUUGUGAGGAUUAAAUGUGAAGAGACUCGUGAUAUAAGCAAUCUGCCUCCCACCUUGUCCGUGGUGUCCCUGGUCAAAAUCCCAACUCACUGGGGCUGUAGAAAUGGUUCCCUGUAAAAGCACCUGUUACUCAUGGAGAGGACCUGGUUUUAGUUCCUAGCACCCACAUGGUGGUUUACAACCACCCUAAAUUCUAGUUCCAGGGUAUCUGACCUCUGUACCACCAUGUAUACAUGUGGUAAACAUGCAUACUGGCCACACACAUGCAAUAAAAAUCAAUCUAAGAAUUUUUAAAAUCUCCAUUCACUACCAGCUGAACCAGGUGCACACCUGGCCCCCUCUGAAGUCUUAAUCUCCACAAGUUUCUCUGGGCUGCUGGAGUCCCCGUUGGAAGUAGUAGUUCCUGUGCCUAGUCCCGUGGCCCUUCUUUGCUUGACAUGGGGAUUCACAACUUUCAUGUGUUCCCUGUACCUUCACACCUAAACAACUAGGGCUACCUUACCUCUCGGGCUCUAGGAUUAUUAAUUUAUUAACUCCAGUUCUACUAGGCACUGCUCCUGUCCUCACUUCUUCCAGCAACCAACCACAUUUUUAACUUCAGAAACAAAUCUAGGGGCUGGAGAGAUGGCUCAGUGGUUAAGAGCACACACUGCUCUUCCAAAGGUCCCGAGUUCAGUUCCCAGAACUCACAUGGCAGCUCACAACUGUCUGAUGCCCUCUUCUGGUGUGCAUGCAGACCAAGUACCAUAUACAUAAAAUAUAUAAAUAAAUAUUUUUUAAAAA